AUGACCAUUAUUUGUAGAACAUGCAUGAAAGGGAUACAUAAUAAUGAUAACCUAAAAAAUGGUGGUCUGGAUAUUGGCAAUGGGCUAACCCUAGAAAAAGUGGAUAAGUUUUGUUAUUUAGGUGAUAUGCUAAACGCAGAUGGUGGUGUAGAUUAUGCCGUUGUUGCAAGGAUCAGACAAGCAUGGAAGAAGUUUAGAGAGAUGUCGUUUAUUCUUACAAAUAAAAAAGUUUCUCUGAAGUUAAAGGGGAAAGUUUACGUAAGCUGUGUGAGGAGUUGUUUAGUUUAUGGCGGUGAAACAUGGGCAAUGAAAGCGACUCACGAGGCCAAAUUAGAAAGAACAGAGAUGAGGAUGGUUAGAUGGAUGUGUGGGGUAUCUCUGAGAGAGAGAAAAACCAGCAAGGAAUUGCGAGCAAGAUUAGGUAUAGAAAUGAUUGGUAUGGUAAUGCGACGAAAUAGACUAAGAUGGUUUGGGCAUGUGGAACGUAUGACAAGAGAUGACUGGGUAAAGAGAUGCACAAUGAUGGAAGUAGGAGGAUCAAGACCUAGAGGAAGACCCAAGAUGACGUGGACAAAUGUGAUAGCGGCAGAUAUGAGAAGCAUGAAUCUUACAAGUAUUGAUGAUCAGGACCGUCAAAAAUGGAAAAGAAAAAUCAGAGGGAUAACUGGCCUACUUGGGUAA